AUGCUCCGCGACUCAGAAGAUGUGUAUAUACGCUUGCUGGAAGUUCACAACGGUCCACCGAGUGGUCCUAUUACCGGUCGACUAUACUCGACAUUAUUAUCGAAAGCUCCGGCGUUCUGGGCGGUCUCAUACUGCUGGGGACCACCAACACACAAAGGUGCCAUACACAUUACGAACGCGGCCCCUCCUCGAGACCUGGAGAACGACAACACUCUCGAGAUACCUGCCACGUUAAUACCGUUUCUCUAUCAGAUGGACAAUGACGAGAAGACUGCAAACGUACCGAAAAUGCGAGAGGUAUAUAUGAAGGCCGCUGUUACUGUGUGCUGGCUGGGAUUAGAAGUCGAGGGAAUAGCAACGGCAUUUGAUUAUGCUUCACGACUGCACGUAACCUACAAAAUUGAGAUGGCGGCACAAAAACAAUACGUUCUCACAGCAGAGGAAGAGAAAGAGGAAGAUCCACGUGUCCAGGUCAAGGUGGGCGAUCCAGCACUUGAAACGUUGCUAAACCUUUUAGACCGGCCUUACUUCGAGCGGGCUUGGAUCAUGCAGGAGGUUAUUGUUUCCAGAAAACCGGCGUUUAUGUGUGGAAGCGCUAUGAUAACCUUCCAAUCGUUGAUAGUUGCAUACCUGUUUCUCAUGACUAAGCCAUGGCUGUGGGAAUUUUAUGCGAGGAACAAGACACAUACCAUCACGUUCAUGAAGUUUAGUGAGAUGGAAUGGGUGGCCGGCACCGACCUCGAUUGGCCUGUCAUCCUGCUGAGACAUCGAUUCUGUUUGUCUAGCGACCCCAGGGAUAAAGUGUAUGCUUUUUACGGGAUGAGAUGUAACAAGUCACUGAAAGAGCUGGAUAUUGAGCCAGACUACAGAGAAGACAUGACUACGGAAGUGGUGUACACUCGUUUGGCUGCGCGCGCGCUUCACAAGUCACAAGUAGCGGUUCUUCACGUGCCUCGUCUUAUCACCACCUCCCAUGAAGAAAGCCAUUCAAAAUUCGAACAGUGUUCACUUCCAUCCUGGGUGCCAGACUGGCGCUGGACGGAAGUAACGCCAUUGUCGCUGCUUUUGUUCGAGCUGCCUGCCAGUGUGACCAGCGGAAUGGUAAACUACCAUGCCUCGAAGGUCUCUAUUUUCGAACCCGGCUUCGAUGUCGAGGCGUACGAUUCGCUGUCAGUUCGGAUAAAAGAUUUGGAGCAGUCGUUGCUGCCCAAGAUGCUCAGACUGUAUGGUGUCACAGUUGCGAAAGUUACACAGCUUACACCACGCCCUUGGGUAAUUGGGGAAGUUUCACGUCGCCAAACUCUGCUUGACCAAGCAAAAGACCUGCAAUUCACCAUGGACCAGAUUCACGAAUGGGAGGCUCUGCUCCGUCCAAAAAGCGCCACAAAAACAUACUCUGCAACGGGCGAGAGUGCAACCCAGGCCAUGUACGAGACGUUUAUGGCUGGCACAACGGUAUAUACUCCAGAAAGCAAACUCAGCGCUUGGAGAGCAUUCGAAAAACGCGAGAGAAUCCUGCGUCUCUUUCUUGAGCGUAUACUUCGUCGCUUUGGCUGGGUAAAUCCUGAAAUGGAAUUCAGGAUGAUGGUAGGACAUAUGAUGAAUCGGAAGGGUGCCUUGAUGGUUAACGUUGAAGAAUCCGAGACGAGAUAUAAUGCGCUGGUGCCGAGUAUAUGUCGGCUUGACGAUCAUGUGGUGCUGGUUGGGGGUGUUACGACACCACUGAUACUGCGUAAGAAGGGUGAAGGUGCGGAUAUUACCUGGGAAUUCAUUGGCGACGCUUAUGUCCAUGGCAUUAUGAAGGGGGAACUUUGGGACAAGAGGAAGGGAGAUCGCAAGGACAUGGGCGAUAUAACACAUCUGCUACCCCCGAACUUGCGGGAAUUGGAGAUGUGGUUCAAAUACCCCUCGGGUAUAUUUGCAACGGGUCAGAUAUAUCUCUCCUGGGUCCCAGAAUUGCCUGAGCACGAGAUGAUGCGGAGAUCAGCCUGGAUACUCGCCCUGCUUCAGAUGCAAAGCUUACGGAAGGUUCGACUGAGCGAGAUUCUUUGCGCUCAUAUUGCAGCUUGCGAAUCCGUAGUGAAGGCUGGUGGCUGGCCGAUGCAGAAGUAUGCGCUGCCGAAUGUGGUGGAACGAGCUUUCCUUGGGGCAGAGACGGUCCUGGAGAUUGAAGUAUUGGAGGUAGAACGGGGGUUUAAUUGCGAGUUCGAAAGUGGCUAG